AUGUAAAUAUUAACUUAAAAGUGUUAAAAAAUGUUUCAUUUAAUUUUUUGGAAGUUUAAAAAUUAUUAUUUUUAAUACAAAAUUUCUAUAUCCGCGAACUUUCUUAAUUUGAAUUGUGAACAAAUAUUAGUAAUUUUAAUUUUUCUUUUUCUUUUUAAAUUCCUUUUCAUAAUAUAAUUUUAAAUUUUGUACUAGUAAUAUACAAUUUGUCUAUAUUUAAUUAUUUAUGCUAACCACGUGAAUAGGAUAAUUCAUAGUAUGUAUUUUUUAUUUCACAAAAAAACUCCGUCAAAGACUGAAACGAGAGAUUUGGCUAUGAAUUAAAAUUUUGUUGAGUUCUGAGAAAAUGUGGCACUUGAAGAAAAUACACUUGAAUCCAAUUGCAUUUUCUAUCACUAUCUUUGUGGUGUUUUUUGGUAUUUGUUCAUUAGAGGGUGUAAAAUUGUUGUCUAGAUUGAAAUAUCAAGGGGUUCAAAAGGGACAAUUAGGAUCUACCCUUUCAUCUUACAAGGAUGAGGGUAUAUAUAAGCCAAUGGUCUAUAAUGGAUUAGUUAACAAAUUGCCUGUAAGAAGAUCAAUGCAAGGAGUUGGAAAUUUGGAGAAAGUUGAAGAAAGUCUUGCAAAAGCAAGAGCAUUGAUAAAACAAGCCUUGUUGAGAACCAAUGAUAUUGUGCCUCUUGAGGACUCUCAUGAUUAUACUCCACAAGGAGACAUCUACAGAAAUGCUUUUGCUUUUCAUAGGAGUUACUACUUAAUGGAGAAGCUCUUUAAAAUCUUUGUGUAUGAAGAGGGAGAACCUCCUCUUUUUCAUUAUGGUCCUUGCAAGAGUAUAUAUUCAAUGGAAGGAAUAUUUAUCAAUUUAUUGGAAAGCAAUACUAUGUUUCGGACUCAGAAUCCAAACGAAGCUCACGUCUACUUUCUUCCAUUUAGUGUUGUUAUGAUCCUGGACAAACUCUUUCACCCAGUUAUUCGUGACAAAGCUGUUUUGGGGAGAACUAUUGGUGAUUAUGUUCAUAUUAUAUCUCACAAAUAUGCAUUUUGGAAUAGAAGUUAUGGAGCUGAUCAUUUCAUGCUUUCUUGUCAUGAUUGGGGACCAAGGGCAACAUGGUAUGUCAAGGAAUUAUAUUUCAUUGCAAUUCGAGUACUUUGCAACGCAAACAUCACCGAACAUUUCAAUCCCGAGAAAGAUGCAUCAUUUCCUGAAAUCAACUUAGCAACAGGGGAAACAACAGGUCAACUAGGUGGCUAUCCAUCAUGGAAUAGAACUAUUUUGGCUUUCUUUGCAGGGGGAAUGCAUGGCAAAAUUAGACCGAUACUUUUCGAACAUUGGAAGAACAAAGACAAAGAUAUGUUAGUUUAUGAAAAACUUCCAGAAAAUGUUUCAUACCAUGAAACAAUGAAGAUGAGUAAAUACUGUCUUUGUCCAAGUGGGUGGGAAGUGGCAAGUCCAAGAAUUGUUGAGGCAAUUUAUGCGGAAUGUGUACCUAUUAUAAUAUCACAACAAUAUGUACUACCUUUUAGUGAUGUUCUUAAUUGGAAUUCUUUCUCUGUUCAGAUUGAAGUUAGUGAAAUUCCUAAGCUUAAGGAAAUUUUGUUGGGUAUAUCUGAGGAAAAAUAUAUGAGAUUGUAUGAGGGAGUUAAGCAAGUGCAAAGACAUUUUGUUGUUAAUAAUCCUCCUAAGAGAUAUGAUGUAUUCCAUAUGAUUAUUCAUUCUAUAUGGCUUAGGAGAUUAAAUGUAAUCGUGAAAUGAGUAAUCUCCUCUGGUUGUGGCUUAGUCAUAAGACAAUGAGUUGUAUUGUUGGUUGGUGUAAUAUACACUAGUAUAACAAAUUUAUAA